AUGGCUCUCAGUAAUGAAUCAACAGUGUCUGAGUUUGUGCUUCUGGGACUGUCUAAUUCUUGGGGACUUCAACUUUUAUUUUUUGCCAUCUUUACUGUAGUCUAUGUAAUAUCAGUCCUAGGCAAUGUCAUGACUAUUGUCAUCAUUAUUUCUGAUUCACAUUUGAACUCUCCUAUGUAUUUCUUUCUUGGUAACCUGUCUUUCAUUGAUAUUUGCCAAUCCAACUUUGCCACUCCCAAGAUGCUUGUGGACUUCUUUGCUGAGCACAAGACUAUCUCCUUUGCAGGUUGCAUGACCCAGAUAUUUCUUCUUCAUAGUUUUGUUGGGAGUGAGAUGAUGUUACUAGUAGCCAUGGGCUAUGACCGAUUCAUAGCAAUAUGUAAGCCUCUGUACUAUGAUGUCAUUAUGAACCACAGGCUAUGUAUCAUCUUUGUGUCAGUUUCCUGGGCAGUGGGUGUUCUUCAUUCAGUGAGCCACUUGGCUUUUACUGUGGAUCUGCCCUUCUGUGGUCCCAAGGAGGUAGACAGUUUCUUCUGUGACCUUCCCCUGGUCAUAAAGCUGGCUUGCAUUGAUACAUACAAAAUGGAAAUCUUGACCCUAGUUAACAGUGGCUUGAUAUCACUAAGCUGUUUUCUGGCUUUAAUGAUUUCCUAUGCCAUCAUUUUGAUCACGGUCCGGCACCAGUCAUUCAAGGCACUUUCCACACUAACUGCCCAUUUCACAGUAGUGAUUCUUUUCUUUGGGCCUUGCAUUUAUUUUUAUAUCUGGCCUUUUAGCAGGCUUUCUGUGGACAAAUACCUUUCUGUCUUCUACACUAUUUGUACACCCUUACUGAACCCCAUCAUAUACUCUCUGAGGAAUGAUGAUAUUAAAUCAGCUUUAUGGAAAUUGAGAAAUCGUCAUGUGAAUUCCUGGAAAAAAUAA